AAUUCCCGUAUAAUUCUCGUUCAUCAUCGCCGUUACGCACUUUUUUGACCACAAGAUUGUCGCAUUGUGAUCGAAUAUGCCUGACAAGAACACAACUACGACGACAACUGACGACCAGCGGCGAGAUUCCGGAGAAGACAGCGAAGACGAAGUUCUAGAGGAAGAUCCUGAUGGACGAUGGCAGAAACGAAGAAAGAAGGUAACGCAGAGGGAUGUGCCUGGAAUUGAUGCGGCAUAUUUAGCUAUGGAUACGGAAGAGGGUGUGGAGGUUGUGUGGAACGAGUUGUACUUCUCGGAGAGGAAGAUGUUGACAAAGCAAGAAAACUACAUGCGUCUUGUAUUUGACAACUUAACCAAGCUAAAACAUCCAAACAUUGUUCGUUUUUACAAAUACUGGAAGGCUGGCAACGGCCAGCGUGUCGUCUUUAUCACAGAAUUUAUGACGUCGGGUUCACUGAAAAGUUUUAUUAAGAAAGCACAGAAGAACAAGACGAAAGUUGGAAUGAAGAUGUGGAAACGAUGGUGCAGACAGAUUCUUUAUGCUCUUAGUCAUUUUCAUGGUAGUAAUCCGGAGAUUAUUCAUGGCAAUUUAACGUGUGACACUGUGUUUAUACAACAUAAUGGACUGAUAAAGAUUGGAUGUGUUGCUCCUGAGAUGAUACACAAGCACGUAAAGACAGUUCAAGAUGCCCGCAAGAACUUGUACUACACGGCACCGGAAUACGGCUCCUCAUCAUGGGGUAGCAGCAUCGACAUCUACGCAUUUGGAGUUUGUGCUCUAGAGAUGGCAAUGACAGAGCAACUGACAACUGUAGUGAACGGUGCUGAGGGAAAGACGAGGUUGCCUGAUCAUGAGGCAAUUUUGAGUGCAGUCGACAGACUUGAAGACUCACGUCAGAGGGAGUUCAUUCGGUCUUGUGUGGCUUACAAAAAGGAAGACAGACCUACAGCGAAAGAACUGCUCAUGCAUGAUUUGCUGUUUGACGUUCAUCCGCUGAAAGUAUUUGCAGCACACAAAUUGGUCACAUUGUUUGACUCAAAGGGACAGCAUUUGGAGACAACUUACAUGUCGAAACUGAGAAGCUUGUCAGACAAGGAGGGAAGCACCGCUGAGAUCAAAUACACCGGCGGUCGUGAACCACAGCUGCAUCAGUCCAAGCCAUCUGAUACCGAAAAGUUCUUGCAAGAAGUCAGAGAUGGUCUCUACCCACUCACUGGUGUUAUCCCACCAGACAGAUCAGAUUCUAAGUUGAAUGCUCCUGCAGCUGAAUCGUUGUCGAUAGCUGAAGGCGAGUCGACGCCCGAGUUUGUGGAGAACAGACAGGUGGCAAGUUAUCUAAGCUGCAAAGUGACAAAGACUGAUGAUUCCUUAGCAGUAAGACAUAUUUCAUUGUGUCUCAAGUUGGACGACAAGGUGCAACGUCGGCUGAGCUGUGACUUACGUGAUGAUGACACGGCUGAGAUUUUAGUAAACGAACUCGUUCAUCAUGGAUAUAUUAACAAGGCUGAUCAUGAUGCACUCGUUGAAUUCGUGACCAAAAGUUUAGAGUCAUCAUGACCACACAGCGCCAGCAACCGGGCACACCAUUCAUCUACACUAUUAUAACUUUAAAUAUAUGACUGACUAAUGAUCAGCAAGUGAUCUUACUUUAGAACAAAUCCUAGACAAUUUCUGAUAGAGCUGCAGUGGAUAUUAUAAUGACACGCUGCUGAGCGUGUGCUCUCACUGUGCGCCGUGUAGUUCACCUACUUGCUUGCCCGGGAGUCUCUUUCUCUCUGUCUGUCAGUUUGUCUGUCUGUCUGUCUAUCUGUUUAGCUGUCUGUUUGUGUGGUGGUCUGUCUGUAUGUGUGUCUGUCUGUCUGUGUGUUUGUCUGUCUGUGUGUUUGUCUUUCUGUGUGUUUGUCUGUCUGUCUGUCUCUCUAUCAGUCUGUGUGUCUAUCUGUCUAGUCUGUGUGUCUGUCAGUCUGUGUGUUUGUCGGUAUGUGUGUCUGUCAGUUUGUGUGU